CAUUCAUGUGUACACAUCGGAGGCAUUCUUCUGAGAAUGGCACAGCCCGUGAUUCUCCAGAUGAAAAUAAUUUACUACCCGAUUCUUGGAGCCUUUGGUAUCGUUGCAAACCUGAUGACAAUAAUAAUUCUCUCCAGGAGAAAGUGCGGCCUUUCUGAAUGCACCUCUGCCUACAUGGUGGCCAUGGCAACUGCAGCUCUUCUCGUCAUGAUCUUCAGUGUAACUGGAUAUCACGUUUUAAGUUUUCACUUGAUGCAUUCCUUCUUCUCCUACACUGGCGUUUGUAUGCUUCUUAAUUUCGUGAAUGCAACCUGCCUGUUAAUGGCUGUGUGGUUCACUGUCUUAUUCACAUUUGAUCGCUAUGUAGCUAUAUGUUGUGACAGGCUGAAAACAAGGUAUUGCAGAGUGAGGAUAGCGGCGGCAGUUAUAAUGAUCACCACUGCCUUGCUUUUCCUCGAGAGCAUACCCUUUUGGUUUGCUUAUGAACCAGAACAAGUAAUCAGUCACGUUCAGAGGGGUUGUCGCACUAAACUGAACUUUUUCACUUCGCCACUGGGUGUAGCAUUCUCCUGGGUACACAGUAGUUUAGUUCCUUGGAUUCCAUUUUUCUUGAUAUUCUUAUUUAAUUGUUUGACGAUCAGACAUAUAUUAGUUGCCAGUAGAGCUCGCAGUUCAAUCCGAGGAGGUGGUAGCGACUGUCAAAGAGACCGAGAGAUAGAGAGUCGAAGGAAAUCCAUAAUUUUACUCUUCACUAUUUCUGGCAGUUUUAUUCUUCUGUGGAUGACAUCAUCUGUCAGUUUUUUAUCCACUGGAAUAACAGACACCACACAUUAUCGAGGUGAUUAUACGGCUCCUGCCUACAUUGCCACUGAAAUUGGCUACAUGCUGAUGUAUUUUAGUUCGUGCACAAAUGUGUGCAUUUAUGUAGCCACACAAAGUAAAUUCAGGCAAGAGCUGAAAAGAUUGGUGACAUUUUGUGCAGCAUAGUGGCAUAGUGUUUAGCACUGCUGCCUUGUGGCACGUGUGUCCGAGUUUGAAUUCACUGUUGGAUGACUGUCUGUAUGGAGUUUGCACAUUCUCUCUGUGCCUGCGUUGGUUUCCUCCAGGUGUCUCCGGCAGUACAAAGAUGUACAGUUUAGGUGGAUUGACCGUGCUAAAUUGCCCAUAGGAAUGUGUAGAUUAGGGGGUUGGGUCUGGGUUGGAUGCUCUUGGGAUCGAUGUGGAAUUGUAAGGACGAAGCGUCUGUUUCCACAUUGCAGAGGUUCUAAGAUCUCUUUGAUGAAAUUUGUAAUAUCAGUAAACAGAAAUGAAAAAUGAGACAAAAAAUACUUACUCGUUUCCCUCCUUCAGAAAGUUGAAAUGUGAUCAAUUAAGUCUAUUUCAGUUUGGUUUCUUCAAUUCGACAACUAUAAGUAGAGGUGAUGGCCAUUUGGUCUUACUGCUAGGAUUCAGAGACCCUGCUGAUGCACCGGGAACCUGGAUUCUGGCAGAUUCUGGGAUUUCCAUUCAAUAAAUAUGAGCCAUCAGAUGUCUAAAGAUUUCAGGUUCACCGUCAUUGAUUGUCAGAAAACGAAAACUGGCUCUCGAACAUCCUUUUGGGAAUAAAGCUGCUCUCAACAACUUUUCUGGACUUCAUGUGACUGCAGACGCACACCAAUGUGGUUGACUCUUCGCUGUCCACUGGAAAAUUAUGAUUUGUUUAUAAUUGUGGGACUGGAUUGUGACUUCCAAAUUCUACAAAAUGAAUA